AUGCGAGUACAACGCGAAAUGCUCGUUCCUUUCUCCGUUUUAUUGAGCACCGCGCUCCUGGCGACGGCUCAAACCGCAUCAGCUCAAACCCGUCUCGACACCUUGUGCAAGGCCGCCGAAGUCGCGUGCAGCAAUGUCGGAAGCGCCAAAUUGGCUGCCGACUCUUCAUUCACCGCACAGAAGCAAACUGGGGUGGAUGAUGCCAGUAAAUCCAACGGUGAAACAGUGCCAAACGAAACAUUUUUAUGCCCUGAAGGAUACGAUAAAUGUGUUGCAAAUUGUAGGGAUCUCGAACACGGUGGCUGGGACAGUGGCGGAACCGGCGCAUAUUUGGGAUGUGUUGUGUCGUGCCUCCGUUUUCUUCCCUUCAAGGUAAACUCUGUAUAUAUCAAUGAAAGAAGCUUUACGGACCCCUGGUUUGUUAGAUGUGGUGCACCAGGCGGUUUGUCUGGAGAAAAUGUGUCAGAAACCAUAGGAAUCUGA